CUCUGUGUGUUCCGUGUGUGUAUGUGCAGGCAUGCACAUGUGUACACACACCUAACCAUGCUGGACCACCCUCCACGCUGAAUGCCCAUCAGCUGGCAGCCAAGGUCUGUCCCACAGGAACUGAGUUCCAGCCCUCAGCAGGGGCAGCAGGGAGGUGCAAGAGGUCAGAACUUUGCCCAUAGCAGGAGGGAAGCUCUCCGUUACCCGCUUAAUGGCUUCAUGAGAAGCAACAUGAGCCUACACGAUAUCAGCGAUAUCAGCAGGGCCUUAGGGCCUGUGGGAGUAAUUGCAAUCAUUAUAUAAAUAGUCCUUUUUAUUGGAAGCACAACUAAUAAUACUAUUAGCAACAUCACCAGCCGAGCUGUUAUACAUCCCUCUCCUGCAGAAUCUGAAAGGUGGAUGGUGCUGUUAUAAAUAACAAAGUCAGCCAGAACGACAUAGGCACUGGUAAUGCUGUGGGUGGGUCUAUGGGUAACACUGUUCCCUGAUCUUACUGUUCUCAUCUGCAAUCUAAGUAAUGCGGAUAAUAACGGUGCCCCUCCAUACUGAUGCCAAUGUCUUGGUCCUAUUAGAACCAUGUAGGCAGAGCUAUUCUAAUAAGUGGGGGAAUGCCUGAUAGGAUAUGGAAAUACCUGGCAGAGGGAAUUCCCAGGUCCCUGGCAGUGCUGGGAAUGCAAGAGGGAAUGCAAGAGUGCGAAUGGAAUUCUGGCUAGCAGUUACUGACGUCUACCCCAGGCAGUUCUCCUAAAUGCUUCCCGUGGAUAACCUCAACUGUGAGAAAAAGAUUGUUUAUAUUCCGCUCAUGACACCGAUGAGGACUCCGAGGUUCAGGUGGGUCAACUAAGUGCCCCAAGGUCACAGAGCAAGGUGCGGAGUUUGGAUUGCAGCCGAAGUCAGCGCCCCGACCACCCCUUACAGCGGCUCUGACCGGUUGUCCUGCCCGGCUACAGUAAGGUGUCCCCAGAAGGGCUGCUGGCCGCUGCUCCUCCCGCAGAGCUGCCUGCGCGUGGGGCACGGAGGCAGGGACUGAUCCGGAUCGCUGCCGCCAUGCCCCGGACAAGGUCGGAAACCUCUGGGACAGGAGAGCGCAGCAGGGAAGACGCGAGGACCCGAGGGGCUGCAGAUCAGACUGCGAGCAGCGCGGGGGGCUGCCACCCCGCAGAGCUGGAAGCUUGUAGGUCCGAGACGGCAGCAGCAGCUCCCCGGGUGCUCGGGGCUGGCCGACCGCCUACCCCGCCGCGGGGUCAGGAGUCUACGCGUUGGGUGCCCCAGAGCCUCGAGGCAAGGGCCGGGAGGCCGGGGGGCGGGUGCGGGGGGCGGCGCGGACCAGGUGGGCACUCCCCUCCCUCUGUCCCUCGCCCCAGGGCGGGCGGCAGGGCUGCGGAGGCACUCACCUACCCCGGGCUCGGGUUGGGGCGCGGCACUGCGAAGUUUGUCGCCUCCUCCGGGGGUCUCCUCCCGGUCCACGGCUCGGUCCUGCAGCUGCAGCUGAGACUGCGGCGGAGACUGCGCGGGCGCAAGGAGAGGCUGGGGCCGCAGGACCUUCGGAAGGCGCCGCACAAAACCCCCUUUCUUCCCCCCGCCCCUGCCCCGCCCUCCCCGGGGCCGCCCCCGCCCCCUGGCCUGGAGCGCGGGGGGCUCGGGAUGGUCACGGGACCCGCUGCCUUCUCUGCGUCGGUUCCCGGCGGCAGCGGCGAGAGCAAGGACGAGCGAAGUAGGACAUCGUUCCGGGGAUGAGAAGCCGAGGACUUGGAGUAGGGAGGAGGGGCAGGAGGGGCGGGGAAGGAGCGUUCGCCAAGCGUUCGCGGAGCUAGAGGAUGACGAUGUUGCAGCUGGAGGGGUGGAAGUUGGACAGCCGGAGGGACUUCUCUUUGGUCCAUGAAGGAGGAGGGAUUCAGUUAGACUGUAGGGAAGUGGAUGAAGGGAGAAUGGGGGCUUUGCUCCUGAAAAGAGACACCCUUCCCAAUAAAAA